AUGUGUGUAUUUUUUGUCGCUGGAUGUACAUAUGAAUUAGAAAAGGCAAAAUUAGAAGUUCAUCCAACAUUAGUUUUCAAUAAUGAACAACUUAUGAGAAAAUAUUUUGAUCCUAGACGUUCUGUUUAUAUUUUAUCAAGAAAUCGUGCUUUCUUUGAAGUUUUAGUUUUUUACAUCAAUCACGGGAUUUUAACGCGACCGCUCGAUAUUCCAUUAGAAUUGUAUGUCGAUGAAAUGAAUUAUUAUUUUGAAGAUAAACAAUUUCUGAAAAGAAUGUUGACAUUACACGAUAUUCCAGAAACAAUCGAAACAGUCGAAGUUCGAUAUUUACCCACGGUUCAAUCCAAAUGUUUAAUAUGGCGUGCAAUGGAGUAUAAUGAAACGGUUUACGGUACUUUGUAUCAUUUUAUCUUUGGUUCAAUUUGUUUAACAUCGAUAUGGCUAUUUCUAAACGAAAUUAUGCAUAAUCGUUCAUCUGAUUAUGUAUCCUAUAUGCUCCGGUAUCGUGGUGGGAUGAAUGCAACAAUGGAAAUGUUUGUUAAUGUAUCUUAUAUUGACUAUCGACCUAUAACCAAAUGGAGUAAUAAAAAAGAUGGCAUAUCAUUAUUUUUUUAUUUAGAGAUUAUGUUUGCCAUACUGUGGACAGUUGAACUAACCUUACGAUGGAUAGCAGCACCCACUUAUAGACUAGUCAUCAAUACACCACUUUUUUGGAUUGAUGUUUUGACAAUAUCAAAUUCAUAUUUAUUUCUUCUUCUGGGAGGAAUUAUGUAUCGUAAUUCUUCGUUAAAAGCAGCUAACGUACAGAAGGUCAUGUAUAUAUUCCAAACAAUUGAUAUAUUAAAAACGCUGAGAAUAAUUAAACUUGGAAGAUAUCAUAGUUAUAUGAAACAAUUAGUCGAUUCAUUGAGCGGAACAAUGGUUGAUUUUUCUACAUUAAUUAUUGUCGUAGUCGGUACAUCAAGUGUAUUCGGUACUCUACUCUAUGUUAUCGAACGUUCAAUCAAUCCAAGUUCAAUAAUUCUAUUUCCAGAAGUUGGUCAAUCAAUUUAUUAUACUUUAUUGGCUAUCUCAAAUGUGGGAUUUGAACAAUUUCUUCCAUCUACCUACAUUGGAAAAUGGAUUGCAUGUUUAGCUAUCACUAUAGGCUUAUUUACGAUGGUGCUACCAUUCCCCAUGAUUUUAUCACCUUACACAAAAUUAUUAGUUUCUAAAAAAAAACGAAUUGUUUAUCAAGAUAUAAGAGGUAAUGAAUUACAGAAAGAAGAUUAA